AUGUGUGCCUUGCGUCUUGGUCUGAACUGUGGUCACCGAGCUGCCAGAUCAUGUUACUUUUUAGCUGCCCCGCGCAUCUUUCAAAUUAGUCGAAGGCUAUUUUCAGCCCAACCAGGUCUCCGAAUCACAUCUCCCAUAUCCAAGCAGACACGUGUUCCACAGGAUGUAAAAUCCCCUUCCAGCCCUGAGAUUAUAUCUCAUGACACUCAGGCCAUAAAGGUCAACGGUGUAUCUUAUCCUUCAUUGUUUCUCCGCGAUUCUUGUACCUGCCAUACAUGCGUUGACCCUUCCACAAAGCAAAAGAACUUUCAAACAUCUGAUAUUCCACCUAAUAUCAAAGCUACCGCUACCGCAAAGGGUGAAAACGGGGAUUUAACGAUUUCAUGGGAAGACGAUAUUCCAGGCUAUGGACCAGAUCAUGUCUCGUCGUUCUCUAAAAAGUUCUUUGAGACACAUUCUUCACUCAAGGCUUAUCAUUCAGAUCGUCACAAUGAUGUGAAACCUAUCAGAUGGGAUUCGAAAACCAUUGCUCAGAAGUUGCAAUAUGUAACUUUUGAUGACUACGUAAACAGUGAGGAAGGUUUAUUCAGAGCUUUGAUCAUGCUUCGGGAUUAUGGGCUACUCAUACUUAGAGAUGUGCCAGAGUCAGAAACGUCAGUUGUUGAUAUUGCAAAGCGAAUCGGAAAUCUUCGGGACACUUUCUAUGGAGUUACCUGGGAUGUCAAGUCUGUUCCUCAACCUAGAAAUGUAGCAUAUACUUCUCAAUAUCUGGGUUUACACAUGGAUCUUCUCUAUAUGGCUAAUCCCCCGGGAUUUCAAUUUCUACAUUGCCUGCGGAAUACCUGCUCAGGUGGCUCAUCCAUAUUCUCUGAUGCUUUCCACGCUGCCAGACAGCUCGAUAAAGAUAAUUACAUUCAAUUGAGUACUAAGAAGGUUGGCUACCAUUAUCGCAAUGCUGGGGAGCAUUAUCACUAUCAACAUCCUGUAAUAUCGAAACACUCUGAGAAGGGCGGGAAUGCUUCAUCCCCCAAUGACAACAACAUCCAAUACAUCAAUUAUUCGCCGCCAUUUCAAGCGACAUUUGACGAGCCAUUUGGCUCCCUAUCAAUAGCUAAAGCACUGAGGCAAUUUGCAUCCCGAGUAGAAGCACCUGAGAAUAUGUUUGAAUACAGACUACAAGAGGGGGAAUGUGUUAUUUUCAACAACCGGAGGGUACUUCAUGGCAGAAAAGAAUUCGAUACAUCAGCUGGGGAGAGAUGGUUUAAAGGAGCUUAUAUCGACACCGACGUCUUCAGGAGUCGUUAUCGAGUUUUAGCCGAAAAGUACCAGAAUAAGGAUCAGGCGUUCCUACGUACUCAUGCUAGGCACAUUUGCUGGGAUAUCAAGAAUCCCGAGACUGGCAGAAUGGAAAGCGAUCCACACAAAGUUUGGGAGAGAAGUAGAGAUCUUCCACAAGCUGAGGCGUACGCAAAUAUUAUCUAG